GGAAGUCGAGGUUCGUACACUCUGGCAGGUUUGCUAGCUUGCAAGUGGCUGUUCGCCGAGGGACUCUGGUCGCCAUGGUCUCAGACGAAGAUGAAUUGAAUCUUCUAGUUAUCAUAGUUGAUACCAACCCUAUUUGGUGGGGAAAGCAAGCAUUAAAGGAGUCUCAGUUUACUCUAUCCAAAUGCAUUGAUGCUGUGAUGGUGCUGGGAAAUUCUCAUUUGUUCAUGAAUCGUUCCAACAAACUUGCAGUGAUAGCAAGUCACAUUCAGGAAAGUCGAUUCUUAUACCCUGGAAAGAAUGGCAGACUUGGAGACUUCUUUGGAGACCCAGGAAACCCUUCUUCUGAAUUUACUCCCUCAGGAAGUAAAGAUGGAAAAUACGAGUUGUUGACAGCAGCAAAUGAAGUUAUCACUGAAGAGAUCAAAGAUCUAAUGACCAAAAGUGACAUAGAGGGUCAACACACAGAGACUCUGCUGGCAGGAUCCCUGGCCAAAGCUCUUUGCUACAUUCAUAGAAUGAACAAGGAAGUUAAAGAUAAUCAGGAAAUGAAAUCAAGGAUAUUGGUGAUUAAGGCCGCAGAAGACAGUGCAUUGCAGUAUAUGAACUUCAUGAAUGUCAUCUUUGCAGCACAGAAGCAGAAUAUUUUGAUCGAUGCCUGCGUGUUAGACUCUGAUUCAGGACUCCUUCAACAGGCUUGUGACAUCACAGGGGGACUGUACUUGAAGGUGCCCCAGAUGCCUUCCCUUCUUCAGUAUCUACUGUGGGUUUUUCUUCCUGAUCAAGAUCAGAGGUCUCAGUUAAUCCUCCCACCCCCAGUUCAUGUUGACUACCGGGCUGCUUGCUUCUGUCAUCGAAAUCUCAUUGAAAUUGGCUACGUCUGUUCUGUGUGCUUGUCAAUAUUCUGCAAUUUCAGCCCAAUCUGUACCACAUGCGAGACAGCCUUUAAGAUUUCUCUGCCUCCUGUACUGAAGGCCAAGAAAAAGAAACUGAAAAUGUCCUCAUGAUAAUAAAAGUAAUUUCCCCAUCACUUAGAGCUGGUUAUAGAAAUUAUAUGGCAGAAUCUUUGUUAGGGAGGCUCUGAAAAAAAUAGAGAUGUGUGUAAGAUAAUGAGCUUUCUUACAGGAAAUACUGUGAAACAUCAUCCUUAUCCUGUGCUGGGGGGCUGAUUUAUUUGAGGGAGUCCAUUCUAUGCAAUAUACCAGUCUUUUCUGGCUGGUUUUUGCCCAGAAAUGGGGGAAGAAAGCACAAAUUUGAGACUUUUUUUUUUAAUGAAAUGAUCAUUUGUCAAAGACAGUCUGUCCUGACUGAUGGAAAGUGUCAGAACCUACCCAAGUCUGGAUCCUUACUGUGAAAUGUACGACAUGACAUUUGAACCCAGUUCUGGAGAAAAGUGACUAUUUAUGGAGUAAUGGCAUCAAUCAAGAUAGAACAUCUUACUUGAGUCAACACUUAGCUUUGACAGUAUUCAUGUAAAUAAAAUCCUCAUUUUCUCGAUUGAGAUUUAGCUCCAGAUAUGACCAGAUAUUUAUUCUUUUGUCUGACAGUACAUGUUUGGACAAUUACUCAAAUGAAAGUUUGUCACUGAGUAUCUCUAAAAUCUGAUUUUAAACAAGUAUGGAAAGCUAGUGCAGUAGUCGGGAAGGAACUUUUUGUUCAAAAACAGUUGUAUGAAGAGCUUAUUUGUGAAAGCCAAAGUCUGGGUUCCCAAGGUGAGUGUCUUCGGGGGAAUGAAUUCUUUCCAGCUAAGUGUUGCCCCACAUAGAAUUCAUUCCUUUUUUAGAGGAGGGCAAAAGCAUUAAUACUGGAGAAUGGUUCUCUGGAAACUUUGGGCUUAAUACUGAAAACUUGUAUCAAUUAAAAAGAAAAAUUAUUUGUAAUUUCAACAAUAAACAACUUAUUUUUCUACGUAA